CACUGCUGGUGUUGAUUGCGUUAUCUUGGCGAAAGUACGGAAACCGGAUUACUAAUCGCUUUAUUCGCCCGAGUACUGCAAAAGAAAUCGAAGAGCUGAAACUCUCGGUGGCACGGUUGAACUUGCCGAAGGAACACACGCCUCGGAUCUAGAUACAUCUGCUUAUCCAGCCGUGCGGUCGUGCCUUUCGGUUUUGGUUUGGUUUGGUUGCUGCAGCUAACCCACUCAAAAUGCCGAGUAAAAUUAAGAACUUUUUCCUGAAAAAGACAGCCGAAGCAAAGCUGAAACUCGGUGUGCACGGACCGGGCAGGAAGCUUAAUUCAGACGCCCCACGACCGUCGUCUUCGGCGAGUUCCUCGAAGCAGAAGGAUGCCUACGUUCCGCCCAAGCGCAACGAACUUUCGGCGGAAGCGAAAGCCGCGGCUAACGCUGCAUUGGCGCGCUUCGAAGGAAAGGAUACGAAUGAAUUCAACACGUCCCUAGCGGCAAUCCGAGCGCAGGUUCGUAAGGAGCUGGAAGCCGAGAAGAAAGCCAAAGAAGCGGGACAAUCGUCUGAACAGGAGGAACAAAGCGCGGCAGAGGCCGAGACACGCAAAGGAUUUGCAGUGCAAGGUGUAUUCUUCCGCUGCCCGAUGAUCGGUGACGAGGUGCUCCCGUACAAGGAGUGGAAGGGCAAAAUAAAGGAAUUUCUGUACGAGCAACUCGCGGCGGAUAGGGGCCUGACGGCUUGCUUAAUCAUCUACAACUGCAACCCCAAAGACAAGGCGGAAGUGUGCAUCGAAACGCUGACCAAGUGCGUGGAAAACAUUGCGAACAAUCCGAACGAGGAGAAGUACAAAAAGAUCCGUAUGACCAACCGGAUGUUUUGCGACAAAAUUAAGGUGUGCGAGGGUGCGCUGGAUUUCCUUCAUGCCGCCGGAUUCGCCGAGAUCGAGCUGGAUGGUGAGCCACAUCUGAUUUGGUCGGAGGAUAACAUCGACCCGGACUGCUCGCUCGAGGUGCUGCUGGAAGCGUUGAAGGCGGCCGAACCAAUCCAGGUAGAGCUCGACCGCAACCUACAGGUGCUGCUGCCAUCGCAGGUGAAACGGAGCAACUUGCCACCGGACUUCUUCCGAAUAUCGCCCGAAGAAGUAAAGCGCGAGCAGCAGCUACGCACCGAAGCACUUGAGCAGGCGCAAAUUCUCAAAACAAAAGCCAUGCGCGAGAAGGACGAAAUGCGCACGAUCAACCGGUACAAGUUUUCGCUGGUUCGCGUGCGAUUCCCGAACGGCGUGUAUCUGCAGGGCACGUUCAACGUGUACGAAAAGAUGAACCAGGUGUACGAGUUUGUACAGUCAUGCCUGAUGCACGAAUCUGCCGAGUUUGCGCUCGUUUCGCCCAGUGGCCAGAAACUCGAUGAACAGGACGAGCUAGACAAGUCGCUAUACGAUCUUCGGAUGGUGCCGACUGUGGUCUUUAACUUUUGUUACGAAAACGAGUCUAGGAGCUUGACGGACUUUCUGAAGGAAGAGCUCAUGCUGCUUAUUCAGUCAUUUUAGAUUGUUUCCCAAAGGAUGUGAGGAACCGGAUGUUCUUCGGGUCCAAUUCAGUGUUGCACAUCGUUAAAUUAUAUAUAUAUUUUUAUCAUUAUCCUUAAUAGCUACUUCAAGGCAGCAUAAUGUCCACGCUUGGAGUCAGUGUGUAAAACCGAAAGGUGUGAAUAAUUGUGAUCAUGAACCAUACUAACGAAAUAA